AUGGAAGGAAACACCCACCUCCUCCAGGUCAUCCGUAAGAUGCGUUCCCAAAUCAACAAGCUGGAGAGUGAAAACAGAGCCCUGAGGGGAGAGCUGCAGGUCUGUGUGCAGAGAGCUGGGCCACUGGAGAAAGAGGCAGCAAGAGGAGGUGGGAGCAUCGUGAGAAGCCUCAGCAGUGAUGGGGAAGGACCGGCUGGCUCUCCAGCGCUCCUUCCUGAAAGCAGCGUGGCUGGUCCCGUUCCAGCACCAAAGCAGCGGACAGUUACCACCAUGACAGUGCGGCGCUACUCCACCGCUUCCCCAGUGCCUGCUGCACCAAGUGCCAGGUCCCACCAGCAUGUCAGCAGGAUUCUGGGUCCCACCAGGGCACCAGGCAGGGCUCUGCCACCAGCACCUCCUUCUGCAGCACAGCUCACCAAUGGAGAGGACAGGAGACUUGAAGAAACAGCAGCCAACUGUCUUUCCUACAGUAAUUCCAGCAAAACGAAGCUGCUUCAGGAGCAUGUCUGUAAGUGCAGGGGUAAAGUAAAGGCCGUUAGUUUCCUCUUACCAAUGGAUAUGUCAUCAUAUGGUGAUAAGCAAGGUUGCCUCAAAAGCCCACAAAAUCAGAGCACAAAGCAGUUAACCACCAUUGCUGAAAAGGAUAUGUGA